AAACAACAAGAAAGAGAGAAGAGUACAAACAAACCCUUUAACAAUGGCUACCCUAAAAUGUUUCCUUGUGGUGCUUUUCUGCAUUGCAUUAGUUGUUGUGAACUCAGGGCUUGCAACUGCAGAGAGUCCACCGUGUGGUGGGACACUGAUUUACCAGGGGCCAUGUUCAAACUACCCCGACUGCGAUAAGCAUUGCCGCUCCGCUGGAUAUAGUCAGUGUGGUGGAUUUUGUGGCAGCACUACAGGGCCUCCUACACCUCCAGGAGCAGCUCCUCCUCCAGAUGGGGAGAAAUUUAUUAUUACAGUGGCCCCUCCUUCUCCAAUGGCCGCUAGUGCUUGUCUAUGUAAAGCUUGAAAUGGACUAUGGUCACUAUGUUAAGCUUUUAUUGUAAUUCCAGAUUGAAUAAAUGGAAAAUUCUUUUGAGGUUUAA